CAGGACUUUUUGUUUUGAGAGCUGUGAUACGGUGAACGAGAGCAGUUUCAGUUACAGCGUUGCGACAAACACAGACAAAUUGGCUUUUGGUACUGUAUCAGUAUCACACUACACUGUUUUAAACAAAUGAGUGUAGAGCCAGGAAGUCAAACCAGUGCAGGAACCUAUACAGAUACGAAAUCCCAUAAUUUAUAAAGACUAGUCGUAAUACUGUCGACUACUGACAGAGUUAAUGUUGUUACAACUCAAUAGACGCUGCUGUGAAGCAAAACGUCAUGCAGUUCCAAAAAUAACGUAUACGAUAGUGCUAGUUCCAUAAAUAACGUAUACUAUAGUGCUAGUUCCAUAAAAACAUGCAUAGUGCGGUGAAUUACAGCAAGUCUAAAUAAACCCAGACGAAUUAGUCGAAAAUCUGGAAAGCUUGUAGGAACUAGCAUCAGACGGUCAAGAGAAAAAUAACCCCCUAUUUGCAGCUAGAGGGAGCAGUGGUACAGUAUCUCAGAUCAGGAAGAGCUCAAUAGAAAUAUUAUUGCACGGAGAAGCUUGAUGUCAGUUGAGAACUGCAGGUUUCAUCGUGUGUAUCACUGCUGAGAUACAGUGAAUUUAAACAACGACACGGGUAGGGGGUCUAGACCGCCACCGUUGCUGCUGCUACUGGGAUUUUAGUUUAUCUGUUUUGAAAACAGAAUCGCUUGAGGAAGUCGAAGAAAGGAAGAGUGAAAGAAGAGAACAUUUUUGUCAGCGAUCCUUUAUUCUUCUCCGUUCAGACUAUCUCCUUCAUCAUGGCAACAACAACCUGCACCAGGUUUACUGAUGAAUAUCAGCUUUUUGAGGAGCUCGGGAAAGGAGCUUUCUCGGUGGUGAAAAGAUGCCUGAAGAUCUCCACAGGACAGGAGUUUGCUGCCAAAAUCAUCAACACCAAAAAGCUAUCUGCCAGGGAUCACCAGAAGUUGGAAAGAGAAGCUAGAAUCUGUCGUCUUCUGAAGCACCCAAACAUCGUGAGACUCCAUGACAGCAUAUCAGAAGAGGGGUAUCAUUACCUAGUCUUUGAUUUAGUUACCGGAGGGGAAUUAUUUGAAGAUAUUGUCGCUAGAGAAUACUACAGUGAGGCAGAUGCCAGUCAUUGUAUACAGCAGAUUCUAGAAAGUGUAAAUCACUGUCACCAAAAUGGCAUAGUUCACAGAGACUUGAAGCCAGAGAAUUUACUUUUAGCAAGUAAAUUGAAGGGGGCAGCUGUGAAGCUGGCAGAUUUUGGAUUGGCUAUUGAGGUUCAAGGAGACCAACAGGCCUGGUUUGGUUUUGCUGGUACCCCAGGUUACUUGUCACCUGAAGUGUUACGCAAAGACCCCUAUGGAAAGCCAGUGGACAUGUGGGCUUGUGGAGUUAUUCUCUAUAUUCUGUUGGUUGGCUAUCCUCCAUUCUGGGAUGAAGAUCAGCACAGGCUCUACCAGCAGAUCAAGGCCGGGGCCUAUGAUUUUCCAUCACCAGAGUGGGACACCGUGACUCCCGAAGCGAAAGAUCUCAUUAAUAAAAUGUUAACGAUCAACCCUGCCAAACGAAUCACCGCUACAGAGGCACUCAAACACCCGUGGAUCUGUCAACGCUCCACUGUGGCUUCAAUGAUGCACAGGCAGGAGACUGUGGACUGCUUGAAGAAAUUCAACGCAAGAAGAAAACUAAAGGGGGCUAUUCUCACAACCAUGCUGGUCACCAGGAACUUUUCAGCAGCAAGGAGUUUGAUGAACAAGAAGGCGGAUGGUGUAAAGAUUAACAACAAAACCAACGUAGUAACCAGCCCUAAAGAACCUAUUCCUACCCCAGCGCUGGAGCCCCAAACUACAGUAAUCCACAACCCUGCUGAUGGAAAUAAGGAGUCCACAGAGAGCACGAACACCACCAUUGAAGAUGAGGAUGUGAAAGCUGCCAAGUGCACGGAAAAUACAAUCUCAAAGAGCCUGUCCCAUGAGUACGAGCCAACCCAGUCGGCAAGCUCCUCAGUUCAGUCUCGCAAACAAGAGAUUAUUAAGGUUACAGAGCAGCUGAUUGAAGCAAUCAACAAUGGAGAUUUUGAAGCCUACACGAAGAUUUGUGACCCAGGUUUGACAGCGUUUGAGCCCGAAGCCUUAGGCAACCUGGUUGAAGGCACUGACUUCCACAGGUUCUACUUUGAAAAUGCUCUGUCCAAGAGCAACAAGCCAAUCCACACCAUCAUCCUGAACCCCCACGUGCACCUGAUUGGGGAGGACGCGGCCUGCAUAGCCUACAUCCGCCUGACCCAGUACAUGGACGGGAGCAGCAUGCCAAAGACCAUGCAGUCUGAGGAGACUCGCGUGUGGCAUCGCCGUGAUGGCAAGUGGCAGAACAUUCACUUCCACCGCUCUGGCUCUCCGACUGUGCCCAUGAAAUAAGAUCAUGGUUAAUGGUGCCUCUGCUGCUGCAGUCACAGGAUACAAGCGCUCAGAAGGCUGUCCUCAUUAUCAGGCUGUCCGGUCUCUCCCCAUGCAUGAACCUCGGAUGGAUGUCCCAUCAAACACAUUCAUGGCGUAUCAUCUGUUGUUUAUUCCAUCUCUACUUAUUGUUUACACUUGAUUGGAGGGAAUGUUACAUGCAAAAUGAAGACAAUAAAGCAAAAAAAGAUGUCAUUAUGUAUGCCAAGUUUUGUGAUGCUCAAUGUAGUCAUUAUAAGAAAUGUAUUCUGCAUUUUUUUUUGUUGUUGUUGUUGUAUACAUGUUUGUUUUUAAAAAAGCUUUGUAUAUCUUCUAGGAUGACCUACAGAAAUAUAGGUUUACUGACAACUCUUGACUCUUUUACUUUUGAAAUCUUUUUGACCACAUCAUUCCCUUCAUUAUAUAGGUCAGUACAAACUGGAGAAAUAUAUCAAGGACCUGUUACAUCAGCAGUUAGUGCAGUAAAACAAUUUUUGAUCAUACAUGUAUGGUAACUGUUUAUUAAUUGUUAACAAUUAGUGGAUCAAACAUGUUGAUGUACUUAUAAAAGUGAGAUUUGAUAACUAGUUCCAUAUCCUCUUUCAUAUUGGUGUCAUCUUUUGACACAUUUCAGGUUGAUAUAUGUCUUUUCCCUUUUUUUUCAGUUUGUGUGCAAUACAUUUGAUUUUUGUAACCAAGCUUGCUUUUGUAUGGUGAUGUUCUACAUAUUUUGUGAUUGAAGUAAAAUGCUACAGUUGCUUUCACUGGGAAUAUUAGGGCUUUAGAAGCAUUUUGUGGAUUCAGUUUACCUGCUUUGUUGGGGUAGCUAUUUAUAGUUUAUCUGGACAAUAUAUUGGGGGAAAAAUAAUAUGAUAAUAAUAAUAAUAAUUAUAAUUAUAUAUAUAUAUAUAUAUAUAUAUAUAUAAGGAAAGAAACAGAAAACUUCAAAAAACAGUAUCUUUUUGGCUAUACGUUGGUUGUCAGAAACACAGCACAAUAGAGAAUGUUAAAUAACUAAACCCCAUUGGGUGGACACAGGGAAUGCUUUUUGAAUUUAUAACGUGAUAUUUUCUUUUGUAUCAUUAGUGAGCUGGACUGUUUUGCUACUUUUUGUGUAAUUGUGAAGUAACCUGCCAAUAUCAAGUUGCUCUUUUCUUUCUCCAAGGAAUAUGUUUUUUUAGUUUUUAGUUUCUUUCUUAAACUGUUUCUUACUGGUGGGGCUAAACUAUGUACGGUAGUGCUGUGUAGUGCAUCAUAUCUCAAUCAGUGUUGCUAGAUCUAAGCAGUCUGUACGUAGUUCAGUCCUUGUAAGAAUCUAUGCUUUGUAUUAUUUCAACUUGGGUGUUGCUAAGUCAACUUAAAACAAUAUUAUUAACAAUUAAUGGAUGUUAUUAAUAGUGGCAUAGAUGUCCAACCUAUUAGUUAUCACUUGGUUUUGAGAUAUACAUGUUUUUUUUGUUUUUUUUGUUUUUGGUACAUAAGUAUAUUGAUCCAUGUUAUCCUGCCAAUAAGAUCUGUGGAAAAAAGUUACUUAUUUUCUGUGAAUGGCUAUUGUGGCGUCAUUGUGUUAAAAAAAAAAAAAUGAAAUUUAUGUGGCAUUUGACUUUUUAAUAUCGCAUGUGAUGUUGAAGUAUUACAAUAGACCAAGUUUGUCUUCCACACGGAUUUGUGAGGAAAACGUGAGUAGUUCUCUUUCUUCACUACAGUUGAAAUGAUACCUUUAUUUGUCUGUCCUUUUUGGAAACCUGCAGUUAAUACCAUGGGAUACAGUGUACAUAUUUCUUGCCAUAAUGGUAAAGGACUGGUUCAUAUAUUUAAGUAAUAAUAAAGAAUUGUGAUUUCUGCUGA